AGCUGUCAGAGAGGAGUUCUCUGAAUGGCUGAGCAGCUAGCAGCAGGAGAGCACAUCAAGCUUUCAGAUGCCUCACAGCUGGAGCAGAACUACAGACCCAGUGGACCUGAUGGAGAACAGCUGGACCAGCGGACCCGGUGGCCGAGAUCCCUUGCUCGAAAGUGGAUGGUGGUGUUGUUCAUGGGCACCUGCCUGCUCUACUGCGCCAGGAUGACCAUGCCAGUCUGUGUAGUUUCAAUGGCAGCUUCGUUUCAUUGGAGCAAAAUUGACUCUGGUCUCCUCCUGGGUGGGUUCUUCUGGGGCUACUGUUUCACUCAGAUCCUGGGAGGACAUGUCAGUGAUAAGUUGGGAGGAGAGCGUGUUCUGUUCAUCUCUGCAGCUUCAUGGGCGCUGAUCACAGCUGCUACUCCUCUACUGGCUUGUCUAGGCUCCCACACUCUGGCUCUCAUGGCGGUGGCCAGAAUCCUGAUGGGACUACUGCAGGGUGUUUUCUUCCCAUCUUUGGCCAGCCUGUGCUCACAACGAGUGGAGGAGGGAGAGAGAGGGUUUCUGAUGAGCACCAUGCACAGCGGCACUCAUCUUGGAACAUUGUUAGCAGGUGGAAUGGGGUCCCUGAUGCUUGACCGGUACGGCUGGGAAGCCAUGUUCUACUGUACUGGGUUUCUCUCUGGACUCUGGGCGCUCGUAGUUUGGCGGUAUUUAUUAAGAGGAAAUGUUUUCCCCAAGCAGGUGAGAAAAAAGAAGUGCCUGCAGCCGAGUGUCAGGAGAAAAUAUUGGCUGCAUCAUUUGAAAAAGCCUCCUGUUUGGGCCAUGGUGUUUGCUCACAUGUGUUUAAGCAGCACGUCAUACAUUCUGUUGUCAUGGUUGCCAACGUACUUCAAAGAAACAUUUCCUCAUGCUACGUCGUGGGUCUAUAAUGUUAUUCCAUGGCUAAUUGCAAUUCCAUCAGCACUUGGGGGAGGAUUUGUGUCAGAUUUCCUCAUCACUAAAGGGUAUGGUGUAGCAUCUGUGAGAAAAAUAAUGCAAUCUUUUGCCAUGGGAUUAUCCAGCAUGUGUAUUCUGCCGCUGUCCGGAGCGGUCACUUUUCAGUCUGCUGUGAUCUGCAUCUCUUUUGCCGUCGGUUUAACCACCUUCACUAGUGGUGGUGUGUCUGUGAAUGUUCAAGAUCUCACUCCAUCAUGUGCUGGUGCACUUUAUGGUUUUAUGAACAUGAUGGGUGCUUUCAUGGGCCUGGUACUGGUGUCGUUUUCUGGCUACCUCAUCGAGGUCACCUUGUCAUGGGCCAAAGUCUUCUCCCUCAUCACCCUGGUAAACACCACUGGUCUUGGGAUCUUUCUGUUCUUUGGAGAUGCUCGACGUGUAGAUCUGCAGGAUAACAGCCAAAUCAUAGUGGUUUGAUUCAGACUAAUCCAUAACUGGCUAAAAACUAGGCUACAUAAAAAGUGCACUAAUUUUUUACUUUUCAAUUUAAGAAGGUAGGAAAUUAUGCUGUCAGUGCAGUUUUGUAUGUUUUUUACAUUGUUAUGAAAAUCAGUUUUGUUGAACAUGAACAUCUGUGGAAGCUGAAAUGAAAGCAGUUCAUUGCUUUUUGUUAUGUGUUACAUCUGUAUGAAGGUUUACUGAUAAAAGCUUGAUUUGA